UGCGUCUCAGUGUUUUCAGCUCAGAUACGAUGAAACUUCAAAUCCUCCUCACUCUAAUCCUCCAAGUGGCCCUCGCUGAAUCCCUCAGGGAAAGGUAUGGAUACUUUGGAGAUACCAUCACCUUGCCCUCAGAGGCCGACAAAACAUGGACUAUUGCCUCAGUUGUGUGGUCAAUAUUCUCAAACAACACUUGGAUUGCCACCUUUAACAAAGGGGUGAAAAAUGAGCAAUGGACCAGUCGGUAUAAAGGGAGAAUCAGUCUCAAUACUUCCUCAGGUGAUUUGACGAUCCGUAAUUUGACAACAGAGGAUAACAUGGAAUACACAGUAGACCUCCUCAAUACUGUGGGACAGAACAGCGCAGACAAGAUAAAACUCACAGUGAGACAACGCCUCCAGAAACCAACCAUAGAGACUGUCACCAGUUCGUCUGUCAAAGGUGGUUGCUGGUUGUUUCUGCGUUGUCUCUCAGCGGAUAAAGACGUUAACUUGUCCUGGCAGAGUGAACACUCCAACGUGACUGUCAACACGGGUCAACCUGAUGGCAACACAUCAGUUCUUUUCACUUUUCUUAAAACCACACAGAACUGUGUCAAUUUUACCUGCACCUCCAGCAACAAAAACGAGAACGCCUCAAGCGACAUUACACUGAAGUGUGAUGAUCAAAAGCCAACUCCUCACCCCGACUCAGUCCAGCCCAGGGAAAGAAAUGCUGUCGCUUUUUUCCUCGGAGGCAUGCUCGGAGGUGGACUGAUAGCGAUUCUACUAUACUUUUUCGGAGAACCAAUUAAAGCUAAAUGUAGACACUUCCAAGGAAAACUGUUUCCAUCAGUGGAAAAUAACGUAGUGUAAAGGUAAACUUCUGUCUUGACUAUCCAAAGGUUUGUAACCAUGAGUGGUAAUGCAAUGUCACAAUUUUAAGAAAUGACCACAUUUCUCUUUUCCUACAGUUAGCUUGACACCUGUAAAAGAAAAGUUUCAAGAAGCCAGAAUGACGACUAGGACAAAAUGUCUGAAGAUGAUUACACAAAGUGUAAAUAGUUAAGUUUAAAAAAAAAAAAACAUUUAAAGAAAAUGAAUGUAUUUUGAGAGAAUCUGCAGAGUAAAAGACAAUGAGUCUGAGAAAAUGAGAAAAUCCAUCACACCUAGUUGUUUUCUAAGUCUUUGAUUAUGUCUUGUCUACCUUGGCAUUUUCUGCUUUUCAUAUCCUUGAAUGUUUUAUUUCUUUUAAGCAUUAAGUACUUUAUACUUACUUUUACACUUUAUUGUGUCUAUGUAAGUGUUAUUCUAAAGCAACAUUUUUUUGAGCAUACAUUUUCAAAAAGCCAUUAUAAUAUAUUUUUAGAUUUAUUUUUAUACUGGACUUUAAUAUGUUGUGUUUAGCGUCAGUGUUUGUUGUAACUCAUUCCAAAUUUUAUGCACCAUUUUGACUGAAGUACCGUCAAUACAUUUAAAUGAGAGUUUUUGCUGUUACUGUUAAAGUUUUGUAUGUUUUGCCUCACUAUGUUUGCAAGUUUUUUUUAUUUUUAGUGCUGUCUGCUAUAUCUGCUUCCCUUUUGGAUGCACUAACCUUUACCUUUAGAUGUGCAUAACUUUUACCCUUUAAAAAGCCCUGCCCUCACAUGUACGCUCCCAAACACAGAAAAAUAUGAAGAGGAAAAUACAGACAGGGGGCAGAGUCACAGCAGACUUCUAGAGGGUCAUGACUGAAAGAAGUUACAUUUGUAUGAUUGUUGUGUUUCUUUCUU